UUUUGCAUCUUGUCUCCCUCCUUCCCUCCUCCAAGCUUCUAGAAAGAAGAGGGGAGGAGGAGGGAGAGGUGGUAAAGCCAAACCCAAACCACGCGUCUCUCUUUCUCUCGUCUUCCUCCAUGACGCCUGCUGCACGCGUCCUUCCGCUCAGCAUCGAGGCGGGGAAGAUGGCCAGAGGUGAAAAGGUAGUUACAGAUAUGCCAAGCUCUUCCACGGUGGCAUCAUGCAACAGAAUCGAACAGCCAGAGCAAAACACAAAGGAUGAUGAAUAUGAAAGGCUGGUCAGACCAGCCCAGAGUGUAAUAGGUGACAUUAACAUGGUAGUUCUACCUGAACAACCUACCUCAAGAUCCAUUUGGUGGAUGAAAGUUCUGCUUGGCUGCUUCCUUCUUAUACUGGUAUCUUAUGUCUUUGUCAAAUGGGGAGUUCCCUUUGCCUUUGAGAAGGUCCUCUUGCCAAUCAUGCAAUGGGAAGCAAGUGCCUUUGGGCGUCCAGUUUUGGCUGUCGUCCUCGUUGCAUCUUUAGCCCUCUUCCCAGUAAUUUUAGUCCCUUCUGGACCUUCCAUGUGGUUGGCAGGAAUGAUUUUUGGUUAUGGUUGGGGUUUCUUGAUUAUUAUGGCUGGGACUACUAUUGGCAUGGUGGUUCCAUAUUGGAUUGGCUCAUUGUUCCGCGAAUGUCUACAUGCAUGGUUAAAGAGAUGGCCUCAGCAGAUUGCUCUAAUAAAACUUGCUGGGGAAGGAAAUUGGUUCCAGCAGUUUAGAGUUGUUGCACUAUUCAGAAUCUCACCAUUCCCAUAUACAAUCUUUAAUUAUGCUGUAACAGUGACAGAAAUCAAGUUCAACCCUUAUCUAUGUGGUUCAAUUACUGGAAUGAUACCUGAGGCGUUCAUCUAUAUUUAUAGUGGGAGGCUAAUACGCACACUGGCUGACAUGAAGUAUGGCAACUACAAAAUGACACCUGUGGAGAUAACAUACAACAUCAUCUCAUUCGUCAUCGCCGUCGUUCUCACGGUCGCCUUUACGGUGUAUGCCAAGAGAGCUCUGAAUGACAUUAAGGAGUCGGAAGGUAUUUUGACAGAUGAAUAUGGCAGAUCUGCUGGCCAUAAAAAUCAAAAUCCCCAUGGAGAGCGCUCCCCACCACGCCCUGUACCAUUGGACGAUGUUGUAUGACGGCGAGUUGUACCGAGACAAAAGUACAUACGGAUGCUUCAGAGAGAGAGAGAGAGAGAGAGAGUAGGAUUCACCACCUGUCUGCUUUUCUCGAGCAGAAGAGGUGUAGUGUAGGUAGGCUGAUGCAAAAUGUGAAUGCACCUGUCUUAACUCAUGUACGCCCUAACUAAUGUGGUUUAGUUGAUUCAUUGGAUACAUUGUUAUUGGCUGGAGGUUUUCUAUCUUCUGUUUGGAACGUAGUGUGUGUGGCACUGGUAAGCCAACUGACAACUGGUUACUGUG